CACGUUUCCAGGUCCUAGUGAAAACCGGUGGACCCAGCUGGAGGCAUGGACCGAUCAGCUGGGCUCCCUGUGCGGCUGCUAUUGCUGCUGCUGUUGUUGCUGCUGUGGUCCGUGGCCCCGCAGGCGCUGCGGCCCGAAACCAUGGCAUGGGGUGUCUCCCUAUGUAGUUCAGACUGGCCUGGAACUCACCUAUGCAUAUAAGGACGAACUCAAAGCUGAGAUAAUCCUCCUGCCUCAGUCUCCAGAGUAUUAGGGUCAGAACUGUGAGCCACCACUCUAUGGCAACAAACUUUUGUGAAGCGCUGACCCCAUGCCAGGUUCACAUUCUCUACGAUAUCUCUUCAUGGGUGCCUCAAAGCCAGACCUCGGGCUGCCUUUCUUUGAGGCUCUGGGUUAUGUGGAUGACCAGCUCUUUGUAUCCUACAAUCACGAGAGUCGCCGUGCUGAGCCCAGGGCCCCAUGGAUCUUGGGGCAGACAUCAAGCCAGCUGUGGCUGCAGCUGAGUCAGAGCCUGAAAGGGUGGGAUUACAUGUUCAUAGUGGACUUCUGGACCAUCAUGGGCAACUAUAACCACAGUAAGGUCACGAAGUUGAGAGUGGUGCCUGAGUCUCACAUCCUGCAGGUGAUCCUAGGAUGUGAGGUGCAUGAAGACAACAGUACCAGUGGCUUCUGGAAAUAUGGCUACGAUGGGCAAGAUCACCUUGAAUUCUGCCCCAAGACACUGAACUGGAGUGCAGCCGAGCCAAGGGCCUGGGCCACCAAGAUGGAGUGGGAAGAGCACAGGAUCCGUGCCAGACAGAGCAGGGACUACCUGCAGAGGGACUGCCCCCAGCAGCUGAAGCAGGUCCUGGAGCUCCAGAGAGGGGUUCUGGGACAGCAAGUGCCUACUUUGGUGAAAGUGACUCGCCACUGGGCCUCUACAGGGACCUCUCUAAGGUGUCAGGCUCUGAAUUUCUUCCCCCAGAACAUCACUAUGAGGUGGUUGAAGGACAGCCAGCCCCUAGAUGCCAAGGAUGUCAACCCUGAGAACGUGCUGCCAAAUGGGGAUGGGACCUAUCAGGGCUGGCUGACCUUGGCUGUGGCCCCUGGAGAAGAGACAAGGUUCAGCUGUCAAGUGGAGCACCCAGGCCUGGAUCAGCCUCUCACUGCCACUUGGGAGCCCUCACGGUCUCAGGACAUGAUUAUUGGAAUCAUAAGUGGGAUCACCAUUUGUGCCAUCUUCUUUGUUGGAAUUCUGAUCCUAGUCUUAAGGAAAAGGAAGGUUUCAGGAGGAACCAUGGGUGACUAUGUCUUAACAGAGUGUGAGUGACCUGCAGCAUGCAGAAGCACAGAAGAGAGAAGACUCAGCCAAAGACUUGGAGGGGACACACUUGCUCCAUUCUAGAACACAGCUGGACCUAACACACAGAAACUGCCUGAGGACUCUGCCCUUAGCUUUCCUGUUUGCUUUCUUAAGGUGUUUUCUCCAGUUAAGUUCAGUUCCUGAAUAAUAGUGACUGCCCCAGCUGCAACCUCUCCCUUCAGAACCAGUCUCAUGAUCUUUAAGCUGCUACUUGCAGGCAUCCUUCGUUUUCUGCAUCCACCUAGACUUCGUAUGUCUACUUAAAAAGCCCCACUAAAUUUGGGGGACACAUGAUUCAUUUCCACAUCUGAAGAAGUUAUGAACCUUCAUCCUGGGAUGCACACAUUCUUGUGCCAGAAUUUUUCAUACAUAUCCUAGGACCCAUUCAAUUGUCAUUUGAGCCUCUCUAUCUGUUAGUGACUACUCUGACUUCUCUGCCAUUGGAGUGUUAUGGCAAUAAAGCUAUGAACGUUACACACU